AAGGGAGGGGGAAGGUUCUGGAGGGAGCAGUGUCCGCCGCCAUCUUAGAAUCGCUGCUGCUCCUGCUGUUGCGGCCGCGUCUGAGGAGGGAGUGAAGGACUCGGAGCCCGGCAGAACGGAAACGAUUGCCGGGGUCUAACGGCCAAAGGGGAGGGGGAGGUGGGCGCUUGUGCUGCUGUGUUCUGGAGGUUCAUUUCCUUAGUAGGGGCGAGUUAGGACUCGAGGGAGAUCCAGAAAGCUCCGGGAGUGAGGAGAGAGAGGCUGUGACCACAUCCUUUGCCUGCUAGACUCGCUUCCCCACCAGCUGCUCCUGUGCCUUGGGGUGGUGGGGAGCCCACCCAUUUGGGCCAGCCAUGGAUCCGGCGUUCCCCAAUCCAUCCCAGGACCCUACCCAAGAAGAUGGCAUGGCCUCAGAUGAUUUUGAUAUAGUGAUAGAAGCCAUGUUGGAGGCCCCGUACAAGAAAGAGGAGGCCCAGCCAGGACCCUCAAAGCUGCCAGCUGAUCCCCCCACAGCCCAGCCGUCUCAGGAGGAGCCAGGAAAAGAAGCAAAGAAGGACAGCGCCCCCAGCAGCAGCAGUGGGGAAAGCAGCAGCAAAAAGAAGAGGAGUAGGAGUCGUAGCAAGAGCCGUGACCACAGACACAGCCGUAGCCGGGACCGAGACCGUCAUCGUAGACGCAGCCGCAGCCGAGAUCGCCGCAGUCGUCACCGGAGUAGAAGCCGCCAUCGAAGCCGCAGUCGGGAUCGUAGGCGAGCCAGCCGAUCUCGUAGCAGAGAGCGCCGGCGGGAGGAGAGAGUGCGCUACCGCAGCCCACCUCCCCCAGGACGACGGUUUGGACACAGCAAGAGCCCCUUGUACAGAGAGAAGAGCCCCCUCCGGGAGCCUUUAGGCAGCUUGAGUCCUGAAGAGCGAGAUGCCCGCACUGUGUUCUGCAUGCAACUAGCUGCCCGCAUCCGCCCCCGUGACCUUGAGGACUUUUUCUCUGCUGUUGGCAAGGUGCGAGAUGUGCGGAUCAUCUCUGACCGAAAUUCCCGCCGCUCGAAGGGCAUUGCUUAUGUUGAGUUUUGUGAGAUACAGUCAGUACCGUUGGCCAUUGGGCUGACGGGGCAACGCCUCCUCGGUGUACCAAUUAUCGUUCAGGCUUCCCAGGCGGAGAAGAACAGACUGGCAGCCAUGGCUAACAACCUUCAGAAAGGCAGCGGUGGCCCCAUGCGGCUGUACGUUGGUUCGCUUCACUGCAACAUCACCAAAGAGAUGCUGCGUGGGAUCUUUGAACCUUUUGGCAAGAUUGACAGCAUUGUGCUCAUGCGCGACCAGGAUACUGGGCAGUCCAAGGGCUAUGGCUUUAUCACCUUUGCAGAAGCAGAAUGUGCCCGACGUGCCCUGGAACAGCUGAACGGUUUCGAGUUGGCUGGCCGGCCCAUGCGGGUGGGACAAGUCACUGAACGGCUGGAUGGCACCACUGACAUCACUUUUCCCGAUGGUGCCGAGGAGCCUGACCGGGCAGCCCUGAACUUGGGGACCACUGGCUCCCAGCUGCAGCUGAUGGCUAAACUGGCAGAAGCCGGCUCUGGGAUUCCACUGUCCACAACAGCGGCGGCCCAGGCCGCCUUGCAGCUUAAUGGAGCGAUACCCUUGGGAGCACUGAACCCAGCUGCCCUGACAGCUCUUAGCCCAGCACUGAACCUGGCUUCACAGACAUUGGCCUCCCAGUGCUUCCAGCUUUCAGGCCUCUUCAGUCCCCAAACAAUGUAACGCAACCCAGUUCCCCCCCUUCCCGCCCUCCCUCUCCCACGGAGCUAGGAGGGGAAUAAUCAUCUCCACACUAUUACCGCCUCACCUGCCCCCAUUGGAUACAAGGCUGGGGGAUGGACUUUGAAGGAACACUCCCUCCCUAGGGGACCCUUCUUAACACGAACUCUGAUUUUAUUCUGAUUUCCCUCCCACCAAGUGGGGGGGGGGGAGCCUGUAUUCUUGCCCCCCCCAGUUCUCGAAUCAUAAUUGGAGGAGGUGCAUUAUCCCCCUCGGGGGAGCUUCACAGGGACUGGAGGGACCUCCUUCCCCCAGAUGUGGAAUCGCAGCAUCUCUUCAUUUUGCUUUCUGACGGAGCCCAGUGGGGCUGCAGGGCCAGGAAGACCCUCGGCCGCUCCUCUCUCCCACCCUCUGCUCUCGGACCAUGUUGUGAGGCUUUGCUGGAUGGCUUUGGGUGGUUCUCCCUGCAGAUGGGAUCGGCGUGCACGCAUGCUGUACAUAGAAGGGAGAGGCACAAACUGGCAUGUGGGUGGGAGGCCUGGUCCUGAGAGGAGACCCUCCUUGCCCACGCAGUGUUUUGUUAUCCCCCCUCAAUCUGUAAAGAGGCUGCAUAACGUGUGGGGAUGUUGUCCUGUCCUUUUCCUUUUCCUUUCCCUCAUUUUUCUUGACUCUGUAUCCUGUUCUUGGUGUCCCCGUUUUCUGCUGCACCUUCCCUCGGAGUCCCUCAGACCACCUCUUCCCCCAUUCCAGAUUUUCAAAGGUGUACUUUGGUUUUCUUUUUAUCUCUUUCGAUUUCCUUUUUUUUUUCUUUUCUUAAAA